GUGAGUCACACUGAUCUCCUGGGGCUCCAGAAGUCAGGAUUUCUCCUCCGGGCUCCGGAUCCCCAUUCGCACCAAGUCUUCAGCAUUUAUCUGGCUGGUUACUGCAGGAUGGAGCCAGGUGACAGCUACAGCUCUUCCAGAGUCUUGGCAAGUCCCGCUCCAGAAUCCAGGUGAAGUCCAGGGUGUUUUACUGGAGACCGAGAUAAGACUUUUGAAGUUUUUCUCUACCAGGAACAAUGUCUACAUUUGUUUCUUCUAGGAUUUGGACACAGCCACUACACAACUGUAUCUGUGUGCAGAGAUUUAAGUUGGACCUCUACUGGUGGAAUUUAGCUAAGAAGUGUGGCAAAGACUUUGUGGAUCUCCAAUUAAGAAAAAAAUGAGUUCCUCAGCAAGUAAUCUUCAUGGAGUCCUUUUUCUCCCCUUUGUCUCCUGAGAAAACACAUAAUCACCCUUGGGAAUGUCUACUCAGACGUCAUGAAGAGUACCAUGAGAUGCUAGUUGACUCAGUAGAUUCUCCUCAUCAAUGUGAUUUUUUAAAAAGUCCUUCAGAGUUACAGAAGUCAAUUCAUCUUGAGCCUAUCCAACCACUUGCUUUAGGGGUUACUGUGGAAAUACCAUGUCUAAGAACACAGAGAUUAUCAAUCUGUCAUUUUUAUUGGAGCACGAGAAGGAAAUGAUCCUGGGCGUCUUAAAGAGAGAUGAAUACUUGAAGAAGGUUGAAGAUAAGAGAAUAAGGAAGCUGAAAAAUGAGCUUUUAGAAGCAAAACGGAAAGGUGGGAAAAGGCAGCAAGAUGGCGGCAGGAUUUGUGUUCGAUGUCAGAAAAAUUUGGGCUUGAUUUUUGACCGGGGGGAUGUGUGCCAAGCAUGUACGCUCCGAGUUUGCAGUGAGUGUCGUAUUGUGGGCAUCGAUGGCAAUUGGAAAUGCACAGUCUGUGCCAGGAUUGCGCAGCUAAGGAUUGUAACAGGUGAAUGGUUUUUUGAAGAACGGGCAAAGCGCUUCAAACAAGCCAACAUUCUGGGAACAGAUGUUGUCAGACAGUCCAUUCUAAGAAGGAGUCCAGCUGAAGGACGACACAACCAAGAGCAAGCCCUCCAGGAUUCUCAGAAACCGGAUGCUUCAGCUUGCUCAGGGCAGAAGCCCACACCAGAUGGACCCAAGAAGAAGGGAUUUCUGCUUAGCAAGUUCAGAUCAGCAACCCGAGGGGAAAUCAUAACUCUGAAAACUGAAAGUGGAAGGAGCUACAGCUUGGACCUGAACUCCUCUCAUUUUCAUAACCCAAGGUCAUCAUCUGGUUCUGACAGGGGAAAUGACUCACCAGACAUCAGCGAACAGGAGGCUAAUCCCAUGAGCCUGAAAGGGAACCAGGGCAAUGGCACCCUUCCUUGGACAUGGAGGUCACCAGCCCCAAGUACCCGCACCAUGAGUUCGGCUAGCAGCAGAGAUCAUGGUUUAGAAAAUGCCAUGGUUGUGGCUUCCAGUGAAAGCAUCCCUGAAAGUUUAACAAAGAGGCAUCAGAGGAGAGCUUCAGGAACUCCUUCUAUAGCUAUCUCUGGGGUCUCUCUGUCUUCAGACAGGAGUCGGUCUGAGUUAGAUUUGAGUGGGUCACUUUCAGAAGAAAUAGAGGACAGCAUCAGCAUAAGAAGCAAAUCUGUGCCGGGAGCUUUAGACAAGGAUUUGGACUCCUUAGAUGAAACCGAGGAAGAUGUUGAUUAUUUACUAUCCUCCCGAUUAUCUCCAAAUAUCAAUAGUUUAGCAAGUGGAUUAUCAACCAACUCUCAAGCAGGCUCUGAUAAGAAAUGGACCUACUUAAAUGUUCCUGAUGUGGAUUCUGAUACUACCAGCCUUAACAGCAUGACGAGUGUUUAUAGUGAAACAGGGGACUAUGGCAACGUGAAGGUCAGCGGCGAAAUCCUUCUGCACAUCAGCUACUGCUACAAAACUGGCGGGCUCCACAUUUUUGUAAAGAAUUGCAGAAAUCUAGCCAUAGCAGAUGAAAAGAAACAGAGAACAGAUGCCUAUGUGAAAUCAUACCUUCUUCCUGACAAAUCACGAAACAAUAAACGCAAGACCAAAAUCAGAACAGGCACCAAUCCAGAAUUUAAUGAGAUUCUAAAGUAUACCAUUAGCCACACUCAACUGGAAACAAGAACCCUUCAGCUUUCUGUCUGGCAUUAUGACCGAUUUGGGCGGAACAGCUUCCUUGGCGAGGUGGAAAUUCCUUUUGAUUCAUGGAACUUUGAUAAUCCAAGUGAUGAGUGGUUUGUGCUCCAGCCCAAGAUGGAAUUUGCACCAGAUAUUGGGCUUCAAUACAAAGGAGAGCUGACUGUGGUCUUACGCUACAUUCCCCCUGAGAAUAACCUAAUGCUCCCACUGGAAGAGCGUCAAGGAAAGAAGACCCUUAAGAAGGGAAAGAAGAAAGAGCCUUCUUUGCUCUCUGGGGGACAAUUAGAAGUGCUGAUCAAAGAAGCCAAAAAUUUGACAGCAGUGAAGUCAGGAGGUACUUCAGACACUUUUGUGAAAGGGUACCUGCUUCCUGAUAACACCAAAGCCACCAAGCACAAAACUCCUGUAAUCAAAAAGAAUGUUAAUCCCCAGUGGAAUCAUACCUUCCUGUUCAGUGGCCUGGGUCCCCAGGAUAUAAAGAAUGUUUGUCUAGAAUUGACAGUCUGGGACAAAGAGGCUCUCUCCAGUAACAUAUUUCUUGGAGGAGUUCGAUUGAACUCUGGCAGUGGUAAGAGUCAUGGAAAAGAGGUGGAUUGGAUGGAUUCUCAGGGCGAAGAACAGCACCUCUGGCAGAAGAUGGCAAACAACCCUGGGGAGUCUGUCGAAGGGAUAUUGAUGCUGAGAUCUAGCAUGGGAAAACGUAGACCCUAAGAGGAGAUGGGUUCUGCCCAAGGAUGAGUCUCCAGCUGCCAGCCUGGCAUCUCUGGUCUCAUAGUCUCCUGAAAAUAGCAUGCCUGAUUCCAGCAAUUCUGUUCCACUGGCAUUUUGCACUUAUGGAUGUUGGGAAAGACUUCCAUGUCCUGAAUGUUUGGGUGUUUGUGUUGUGUGACUUACAUAGCCCAUACAUCUACAUGUCCCCAAGCCAGCAUCCUUCUCAUGAUCCUUUUGUCUGAGUAUCAAGUGCCCUCUUUUCAUCCUGUGUUGUUGAAGAGCAAUUCAUCCUUGGAUUUCACACACUGGGAGAUUCAAGGGAAAUGGCAUAAGGUCAUAAGAAACUAGGGUAUAGCUAUCAGGUCCCCAACCCUUUCCUGAUGAGGAUCUAAUCUUGAUUUCCCCAAAGUCUUAGGAUUACCUGAGGGUGGAAAGGCAAAGGCUACUGAAUUUAACAGGCAUGAUUACUUAGGGAAGAAGCUGUUGACCACCUUCCCCUCUCCACUGGGUGUCCCCAUGAAGUGAAAGCAGGGCUGGCAGCCCUUAAAAGGCUUAAGCUUGGUAGGUUGUGAUGAACCUGUUGGUGACCCCUGGCACAAAUAUGUUUGCCAUCUAUACUAACUUCAAAGGAGCCUAAAAUGAUCCGCUAUCUAUAGGCCUCUGCCCUUUUGUUUACAUUUACUUUCUGGCCAUGACUUCCUUAUUAAAUGAAGAGAAUCUUCAGAAGAACCUCUUCUGCCUCACUAUGGGACAGAACAAGCACAGAUGUUUACCACAGUCCCUUCCACCUCCUUCUGUUACUUAGAACCUUCGGACAUUACCCUCAAGACAGAUCCUAUGAGGCCAUCGUGGAUUGAUCAGGCAUCAAACCUGAUUGAAUUAAGGAGCUGUAGAGCGGGAAGGGACCUCUCUGGCCAUCCAGUCCAUUUUACAGAUGAGUAGUUCAGAGAGAGGAAACACAAUGAGGCAGAGGCAGAGAAGGGACCAGAACCCUGGCACAAAGGACAGUCCAGAGCUUUCCCCACUAUCCCAACUGGUGUCACAGAAUGAUUCCCAGGAGGUACAGAAGUAGGACACCAAGGAGGUAGGCGGGUGAGUGCUGAACAGACAUGAAUAUCAACAUCUUCAGGAAUCUUCACUUGCCUCCUCUUUUCACCUUUGCAUUCAACACCAUGCAAGCUUCUUUAAGGGCAGAGACGAUUUCAUUUUGUCUUCAUUUCCCAACAUCUAUACAUUGAGCCUGACACAUAGUAGAUGGUAAAUAAAUAUAUGUUGAUUGUUUGAUUAAUUUGUCCAGUUUGGUGAAG